AUGGGUGGUGGUGGACAACUUGAUACGGAAGUUGCUUCUAAUGCAAAUGUAGCAUUAUAUACAUGUUUUUCCGUAGGAGGGAUUUUUGCUGGCCCAAUUGUUAAUAAGAUUGGACCAUCAAUUUCUUUGGCUCUUGGUGGUUUAACUUAUGCUUUGUAUUCGGGUUCACUCUUAUAUUAUAAUCAUCUACAAAAAGACGCUUUUCCUAUAGUUUCAGGAGCAAUUCUUGGGCUAGGCGCCGCAUUACUGUGGACAGGUCAAGGUGCAAUUAUGUUAUCCUAUCCCCCUGAAUCUGAUAAAGGAAAAUACAUUGGAUUAUUUUGGGUGAUUUUUAAUCUUGGUGGUGUUCUUGGUUCUAUCGUUCCAAUUGGUCUUAAUUGGAAUUCAACAGCGGGAUCUGUUAAUGAUGGAACCUACAUUGGUUUCAUGGUUCUUAUGGCAUUUGGAUCUUUGUUAUCAUUGGCUUUACUUCCACCUAGUAAGGUUAUUCGCGACGAUGGUCAAUGUGUUACCAUCCAAAAAUUUCCUAAAUGGGAAGAAGAGAUUGUUGGUAUGGCAAAAAUAUUCAUAGAUUGGAGAAUGAUUGCACUUUUCCCUAUGUUUAUUGCCAGUAAUUGGUUUUACGCAUAUCAGUUUAAUGGUAUAAACGCAUUUUAUUUUGAUAUUCGAACAAGAGCAUUUAAUUCUUUAUGGUAUUGGACUGCACAAAUUUUUGGUGCUUUAUUCUUUGGAAGAUUUCUUGACUGGUCAGCAUUCGGUAGAAGAACUCGUGGAAUUUUAGGACUUGGAAUUCUUACCGUUAUAUUAAUGGCUACUUGGAUUGGUGGUCUCUUUUUCCAAUUAACUUAUAAACGAGAAGAUAAUAUCACUCGUAUGGAUUUAUAUGAUUCUGGUUAUAUUACAAAGAUAUUACUUUAUAUUGCAUAUGGUAUAAUUGAUGCCAUAUUUCAGUGUUACGCAUAUUGGAUUAUGGGUGCUCUUACUAACGAUGCUAAUUUACUAGCAAGAUACACUGGUUAUUAUAAAGCUGUUCAAUCCGCAGGUGGUGCUAUAUCUUGGAGAAUUGAUGCUGUUGGAACUUCAUAUCUUGCACAAUUUAUUAUUUGCUGGGUUUUGAUAGCAAUCUCAAUUCCUUUUGCCCUCCCUGUAGUAUUGAGAUUAAAGGAUACUAAUUAUGAAUCUAAAAGUGCCGAUGAUAAAGUUGAUCUCACUACGACAAAGAGUUCGGAAGGGGCUGCAUAA